CAGUUUAGGUAAAUCCUCAAGCUCCUGCCUCUGAUUGUCAUGGUUUUGGGAAUCUCUCUAACCCAUAUGCAGAAACACCAUCAGGAGUUAAAGGCAGUACUUUACUUUACAACGGGCUUAGCUCUGUGAGAGUACGGAUGCUCAAAGCGGUAGGGGAAGUGCACUAGGGAGACGAUGGGAAUGUCGGGGAGCCGUAGGCUAGGGAGUGGCAGCGUGGAGAGCGAAGGAGGUAGACAGCGGGGCUAGGAUCUGCCAGGAGACUCUCCGAACCAGAGGACGGACCACACGAUCGGACAGGAACCCGGCGUUGGAGAAUACCACAUAAGCGGACACUCUGGCGUCGGAGGAUCGGUCGCCGGCUCUUCUUAUGCUCCAGCUGAUGAAGGGAAAAUACUUGCAGAUGUGCAGAGGAGGUUCGGGAAGCUCGGAUCCAUCCCGCUCUCUGAGGACAUCUAGUGCGGAGCGGUGGAACUAGCAGAGAACUCCAAUUUCCCACAAAGUUAUUGAGAAAAGAAGACGGGACCGCAUUAACCGUUGCCUGAACGAACUGGGAAAAACCGUACCGAUGGCGCUGGCUAAGCAGAACUCUGGAAAACUGGAAAAAGCUGAAAUCUUGGAGAUGACUGUUCAGUACCUACGAGCUCUGCACUCCGCGGAUUUUCCCCGUGGGAGAGAAAAAGGCGAGCUGCUGGCUGAAUUCGCAAACUACUUCCACUAUGGAUACCACGAGUGUAUGAAGAACCUGGUGCACUACCUGACCACGGAAGACAGAGCUGAGACCAAAGACAUCAAGUACGCGCGGAUCCUCGCCUUUUUACAGUCCAAGUCUCGCGCGGUCACCGACCCCGUGUUCGGCUCCGUGGGCUCGAUGUCUGACCCACCCGACUAUCUUGGCCACCUGCACUCCUCCCCGGAGCACCAGAGCCACAGCCCCUCGGACUCAGUGUACCAGCAGAGCGCAACAGGACACUUCUCAUGGCACGGCUCCGGACGCAGUCAGGGCAUUUCCUAUCCUGCGGUGCCGCUCUCUGCGCACACGCAGCAGCACGGAGGAUACUUGUCGCCGGUGCAGGGACUCGAUCACCAUUACUUCAACUUUAUAGGUCACACGCACGCAAACACGUUCAGUUUGCAUAGCGCUCAGCACGCCAUGUAAAAAUGAAUUAGCUCUAUUUUAAAUUAUGUUUUUAGAUCAUGUAAAUACAAUAUGAAUAAAUACACUAUUUCUCCCUAAAA